AUGUUUAGAUCCUUUUUAAGACUCAAGCCGGUAAGAUACGUGCCUGCAUUAGCCGUAUCUGCUUAUGCCAUACACUACCAAUUGAACCAAUUUCAAACACACAAUCAAGGUAGCAACAGUAACAUCAUCCACUUGGAUACCCAACCACAACAGCAGCCACCAGCAACCUCCGCGAUUGAAGGCGAUGACCCCAUUCGAAAGCCAUUUGCUACAUAUACCAAUGAAAUAGACGUUGACAACUCCAUAUCAUCCUUCCCCACCGUGAUCCCCAAGGCUGAAUUUUCUUCUGAACCAUUUGAAUUAGUUGGUCACGGAGUCCGAUCAGUGACAUUUAUAUCGUUCAAAGUCUAUGGAAUUGGAAUUUAUGUUGCUCAAAAGGAUAUCCCUAAAUCCAUCGACAUUCUUAAGCAAUUCGCCAUCAAUAAUCCCAUUUUGCCCGAUGAUGACAAUGCUGUUGGUGUUGCGAAAGCCAUUAUAGAUAAUCCUUCAGAAUCGGACCAAGUGGCUUAUGAUUUAUUAGAUAAUGGCGUUCGCUUUUUAGCGAGGUUGUCGCCAGUUAGAAACACUGAUUUCAAUCAUAUGAAAGAUGGAUUAAUCAAGAGUAUAUUAUCAGGUUAUAACAAUGCUGAUUUGAAACAACAAUUGAACCAAGGUUUAGAUGAAUUACGUGGUGUUUUUUCGGGAUAUAGAGGGUCAGUACCCAAGAAUGAUGUUUUGGUAUUGGAGAUGUUGCCCAACGGUGGGUUGGGUAUAUGUUAUGUCAAUCAGAAGCUGGGUGAAGUUAAAAAGAUGGGGGUGGUGACUAAUCCAUUGAUUGGAAAGACUUUGAUGUGGAAGUAUCUUAGUUCUACUAAGCCAUUGAGUGAGUCCUUGAGGAAGAGUUGUACUGCCGGAAUUAGUGCCAUGUUGGAUCAUUAUGGAAAUGGUAAAAGUUAA